AACGAGUGAAGCUGGUCCGGUGAGCGAGUGGAUGAGGAGGGAGGGAAAAGAAGUCGAAUGAGGCGGAUGGAGGGUGCCCUUUUGUAUGUGUGAUGGCACUAGGAGGACGACUAUGGACACUGACGGCGGGACGAUCUGCCCGGACCAGCCAUGAUUCUACCAUUCAGAGUCUGGCCGUACCAUUUCCUGCCAUGCCACGCGAGGGCCACCGCAUGCACUCUCUGUGGUGAUGGUAUGGAUGGCCGGGUUCCAAGGCGAUGAGCCGGGUCCUGCAUGAGGAGGAGGCACCGGGAUGGAGGCGAAUGGGGACAACAGGGCCGAAAGGACGUUGCUAGUCGCAAGGAACCCGGCCUGGGGGUGUUAACAAAGGAACCGCAAGCCCUGAAGCGUAAAAAAAACUCCACAUGGUACAGGCUGGUGAUGAUGGGGGAGUUCAAUUCAGGGGUGGUGUGGUUACAAGCGGCGGAGGACAACCCACUCCACUCCGGCCUGGGGAUGCAACCUGGGGAAGACGUAUUUCGCGGAGAACUAGGCUGCUCCAUUCGAGCAGUCGGUUUCUGUUCUCGGCCGGCUGGACUUCCGCAUUCGAACCACACGGCCGAGCAGAUCGACGGGGCGACACCGCACCAACGCCCCGGGGGGUAUCGUAGAGAUGAGAGGGGGACAGCAAGCAGCCAACGGGGAACAUGUGAAGAGGACGGCUUGCUGGAUUUAGAAGCUGCUGGAUCCAGAAGCUGCUGGAUCCAGAAAUGAAGCCUGAGUUAAUCUCGGCGACUGGAGAUUUGCACGACUAGGCCUGGGGCGAGCUGCAUUGAAAGGACGUAUUGUAUUGUCGA